AUGUCCAUUCCUCCAAAGUUCUCUGGCUUAACCAAGAUUGCCUCAAAUUCUGCCACCGCUGCUGUGGCCCAAAACGUCAAUUCCGUCGAUAUCUUUGUUGAUUUCGUUUGUCCAUUUUCCCGUAAACUUUUCGUGAAGUUCGACAAUGAGUUGAUCCCAUUGAUUUCCGAAAAGUACCCUAACCAAUUCAAAUUUAUCAUCAGACCAGUGGUGCAACCAUGGCACGCUUUUGGGUCGUCCGUGACUUCUGAAGCCUUGUUGGCCAUCAACAAAUUGGCUCCAACCGAAUCUUGGAACUUUACCAAAGCCUUGAUGGAACACCAAAGAGAUUACUUUGACACAGCAAUUAUCAACAACACCAGAAAUGAACUUUAUCAAAAAAUCAGUAAGUUUGCUGUUGAACAAUUGGACUUGACUAAGAAAUACAACGUCACCGAAGAAGACGUUUACAAGGCUUUGUACAUCCGAGAAAAGACUCCUGAAGAAAAUGAGUACGAAAAUAUCAACAAUGAAAUCACCAAUGAUUUGAAAUACUUUGUGAGAUUCCACAGAGCCUUAUCGGUCCAUGUCACUCCAACCAUUUCUGUCAAUGGUGUCAUUGCCCCAUCAAUUGAAUCAUCUACCUCGAUUGAAGAUUUGGAAAAGAUCUUUAAGACCUAUCUUUAA